GGCGUUGAUGAAAUUACGUGGCUAUACUCGUGGAAAGCUCGGUCACUGCGAUGGCUCCGACACGAUAUUAUCUCAAGUCACUACUAUUGGAGUGCUGAUAUGCCAAGUAACGAGUUCAAAGCGAUAAGGAGCUGGGAUAAAUACAAGUUAACAAGUGCAGAGUUAAAUGCAGGUAGCCCUUCGACUCUUGUCGACGGAUGCCACGAUUGAGUUGAAUGACGAGCAGUCGAGAGUUGGACGGCGACGGAGCUGCUCCAACUCUGCUGGCGAUGGAGGCACCGACGCCGAGCUGGCAGAUGUAGCCGAAUGCUUUCGCGCGUGGCGAGUUCGUUGUGGACACCACAAACACGUCUUGACAUGGGUGAUGGUGGCCACAGGCGAUUCGGUUAAGCUCUUGACCGAACUGCAGUUGCCACACACGAUUUCCCCACACACGCGACAAUGGUGCUUGCGGCGGAGGACAUGGAACGUCUUUCGGCACACGUAGCAGUCACGGCGGGCGUUGUCGGGCACCCAGUCAUCGCGAAGCUUGAGUUCGUCGGCCGCGACGGAGGAGAACUUCGUGGCGAUGUUCAUGGCUUUGAAGGUUGAGAAAUGAACUGGGUGAGAAGUGUACCUUGAGGGUGGCGUUGGUGCACCGAGGAUAGGUCGGUCGCACGUCUGGUCAUAUAUCUUCACAUCCUCGACGUCCUCAAGGAGCACCCG